AUGCUUAGAAAUUUGAUGUCACGGACAUUCGUUCGUCAUUGCCAAAGCAAGAACAUACAGAAAUGUUCUUCGUAUAGUCGUAAAAUCAACAGACAAAUACAUUGUGGAGUUUGCUUACAAAAUCCACGACAAACAUCUAAGCCAAACAGUGGAGCUUCUCCUGCAAUCUCCAGCAAAUAUCAAGUGAUUAGUGAAGAUAACUCCCCUGUGAUCGAAAACACAGCUGAAGAAAUUUAUUACGAUAAUCCUUACCCAAUUUUAAGCGAUGAAUACGACGGAAUUAAUCUGAAAAGAGGGAAAGCCGGUGUAUUUGAGAUAGAAGAUUUAGUUGAGCUUCUUCACAGAGAAAACUCGAAAGAUAUAUUUGUAGCGACUGUGCCUGUACAUAUAAACUAUGUUGAUUACAUUUGCAUUGUAAGUGGUCGCAGUAAAAGACAUAUACAGGCAUUAGCCGAAUUUGUGAAAAAAGUUUAUAAGAAAAAAUGUCAUAAAAGUGAUCCAAUACCUCGGUUAGAAGGGAAGAAUUCUGAUGAAUGGAUAGCUAUAGAUUUAGGUAACAUAGCAUUACACAUUUUUUCAGAAAAAACAAGGCAAUCAUAUGAUUUGGAAACACUUUGGUCUGUUGGACCGGAAUAUGAUGACAUGACAAAUAAAAAGAGUGAUAUCGAUAUAUUUGAAAAUUACAGCUCUUACUUAAAAGAUCUGAAACCAUUAUCUUAA